CACGACGGCAAACCUCGGCGACGAUAGCAGCACUUUGUUUUGGCUUUAUCACGGGAGUUCAUUCAGAAGGUUUUAUAUAUCCGUUCGUUUUACAUUUGGAAUUCAGUUUGGUGCUUAAACGCGGGGCGCGAAUUUCGUUCUCUGGACAAACUGAAAUCGUGGUUGGCGUCUCAGUUAAUUUUUUCUUCACUUCUUCUUGGCCGCAGCAAAAAAUAAUUUUAAUUAUUUCUUCAACAAAACAAAACAAGCAAACAUUGGAUAUAAGAAGAAAAAUCCGCCACAGAAAAAAAUAACCCAAAAAAGAAAAAUAUAACGAAAAAAUAUACCAUUUUCAUACGAAUACCACACAAAGUGAAAUUUGUGAGAGAAAAAAAUUGCAAUUUCGAAAUAAAAAAGAAAUUACAAUAACAAAAAAUUGAAAUUGAAAUUAAAAUUUCCAACGUCAUAAACACGCAUAUUGUUCAGUGUAAACGGUAGCGCAGGCAGGCAGGCAAUACAACGAAAAUCAAGUGCAUUUUGGAAUUAGCAAUUUCAAUGCAAAUUGUUUGAAGAAGGGAAGAAAAACAAAAAAAUUGCGGUAUUGAAUCGAAUUCAAUACCCCCUCUUCCAUAACUUCAAUUUCCUCAAGAAAAAGGAUAUUGUGAAACUCAAAAAGAAAAAAAUCGAAAUUUCCCAAAAAACAAAACUUACGAAAAAUCCCCCCCUCAACAACAUGUCAGUCAAGUGGAAAAUAAAUGUGCUGCUGGCACUAUCCUUCGCCUUAUUUGUGGAUAUACAAUUGACGGAAGCUGUGCGCAUUGGAGGACAGCCGCAAAUACGUUUAAAAGAUAAACAAACCGAUCAAACGCCAGCCGGCUCUUUUUGGCAAUCGCAUGUAGUCACACCUUCCUCGUCCACACCCUUUGAGUCACCGUUCUUCUCGGCCACCCAUGGCAUUGUUCAGACACAUCCCUCGCUGAGCGGCAAGCCAGCAUCGAGGCCCAUUCCCCUGGCGGGCAAUAGUUUGGGCACCGGCUCCGUACGUCAGCCGGCCACAGUGAGCGGUAGUGGUUUCCUGAACUCGCGUGGCAGUUUUCCCACAGGUGCCCAUUAUCCCAAUGAACCAGCUCCAUCUAUUGGCGGCACCGUAGUCAAUCCAAAUCCCAAAUCGCCCUUCAGACAUUUAGAUUUUGCCACAAGUGCCACCGCAGAAUUGAGACGUAAUCCAGCUUUGUCGGCUCCGGAUGAGUGCGCCCGUGCCUGUCGUGAAGGUGAACCACCAAGGAUCUGCUACUAUCAUUUCACACUGGAAUACUACACGGUUUUGGGAGCUGCCUGUCAAGUUUGCACACCCAAUGCCACCAACACGGUCUGGUCUCACUGUCAAUGCGUCUUGGCUGACGGUGUUGAACGUGGCAUUUUAACCGCCAAUCGAAUGAUACCCGGUCCCAGCAUACAGGUGUGUGAGAAUGAUAAAGUUGUCAUCGAUGUGGAAAAUCACAUGGAGGGCAUGGAGGUAACCAUUCACUGGCAUGGUAUCUGGCAGCGUGGAUCACAGUACUAUGAUGGUGUGCCAUUUGUGACACAAUGUCCCAUCCAGCAGGGCAAUACAUUCCGUUAUCAAUGGACUGGCAAUGCUGGUACCCAUUUCUGGCACGCCCACACGGGUCUCCAGAAGUUGGAUGGUCUCUAUGGCAGUGUCAUUGUACGUCAACCACCCUCGCGGGAUCCCAACUCUCAUUUGUAUGAUUUCGAUUUGACCACCCAUAUUAUGUUGAUCAGUGAUUGGUUGCACGAGGAUGCCGCCGAACGUUAUCCCGGCCGUUUGGCUGUCAACACUGGCCAAGAUCCCGAAUCGCUGUUGAUCAACGGCAAGGGUCAAUUCCGUGAUCCCAACACCGGCUUCAUGACAAAUACCCCCUUGGAAAUAUUCACCAUUACACCGGGCCGUCGUUAUCGUUUCCGCAUGAUCAAUGCCUUCGCUUCGGUGUGUCCAGCUCAGGUGACAAUCGAAGGUCAUGGGUUGACAGUUAUUGCCACAGAUGGUGAACCAGUGCAUCCGGUUGAUGUGAACACGAUUAUUUCAUUCUCGGGUGAACGUUACGAUUUCAUUAUUACCGCCGAUCAACCUGUUGGAGCCUACUGGAUUCAGCUGAGAGGUUUGGGUGAAUGCGGUAUCCGACGUGCCCAACAAUUGGCCAUUUUGCGUUAUGCUCGCGGACCAUAUCAGCCGGCAUCACCACCACCAACCUAUGAUGUUGGUAUUCCACAGGGUGUGGUUAUGAAUCCCUUGGAUGCCCAGUGCAAUGGCCAGCGCAACGAUGCCAUUUGUGUCAGCCAGCUGAAGAGUGCCCUGGAAAUUGAUCGUGGCAUUUUGGCCGAGAAACCCGAUGUGAAAAUCUUCUUGCCAUUCCGUUUCUAUUUGUAUCGUCCCGAAGAAUUGUUCCAGCCCAAUACCUACAAUCGAUUCUUGGUGGCACCUACCGGCGAUCAUGUCAUUUCAUUGAUCGAUGAAAUCUCAUAUCUCUCGGCACCCGCCCCCCUGACAUCGCAAUACAAUGAUAUUAAUCCUGAGCAAUUCUGUAACGGUGAUAAUCGUCCAGCUGAUUGUGGUCCAAAUUGCAUGUGCACCCAUAAAAUUGAUAUUCCGCUGAAUGCUGUUGUCGAGGUGGUGCUGGUCGAUGAAGUCCAACAACCCAACUUGUCGCAUCCCUUCCAUUUGCACGGCUAUGGCUUCAGUGUUGUGGGCAUUGGCCGUUCGCCCGACACCAAUGUGAAGAAGAUCAAUUUGAAACAUGCUCUCGAUUUGGAUAGACGUGGCCUGUUGCACAGACAAUAUAAUUUGCCACCAACGAAAGAUACCAUUGCGGUGCCCAACAAUGGUUAUGUGGUGCUGAGAUUUAGAGCUGAUAAUCCUGGUUUCUGGUUAUUCCAUUGUCACUUCUUGUUCCACAUUGUCAUUGGCAUGAAUCUGAUCUUGCAAGUGGGAACAAAUGCCGAUUUGCCACCAGUGCCACCAGGUUUCCCAACAUGUGGUGAUCACACACCACCCAUACCAAUUAAUUAAAAAAACAA